UUUUUUAACAACAGAAAACGAUGUGUCCCUUUACCCAAAGAAGUUCAACUUUGUCAUUUCCAAAAAUAUGUAAUGUAUUUUGGCGGUUUCAUCAUACAAGUACAUCCCACUUGUGCAGCUGCAGUAAGACAGUUAGUGAUGAAAAAUACCAAGACGCUUUUCAACUUGGUAGAAAAGACUUGAAGAAUCUCUAUGAAGAUAUUAAAAAGGAAUUACUUGUAUCUACAGCAGAACUUAAGGAAAUGUGUGAUUAUUACUUUGAUGGGAAAGGAAAGGCCUUUCGACCUAUGAUUGUGGUGCUAAUGGCAAGGGCUUGCAACAUUCACCAUAAUAAUUCCAGGGAGGUGCAAGCAAGCCAGCGCUCUGUGGCCAUAAUUGCUGAGAUGAUCCACACAGCUAGCCUAGUUCAUGAUGAUGUUAUUGAUGAUGCAAAUUCUCGCAGAGGAAAAAUGACAGUCAAUCAAAUCUGGGGAGAGAGGAAGGCUGUUCUAGCUGGUGACUUUAUCCUCUCAGCUGCUUCCGUAGCUUUAGCACGAAUUGGAAACACUACUAUCAUCUCUGUUCUAACUCAGGUGAUUGAAGAUCUGGUGCGUGGUGAGUUCCUCCAGUUGGGUUCCAAGGAAAAUGAGAAUGAGAGAUUUGCUCACUACCUCGAGAAGACUUUUAAGAAGACUGCGAGUCUUAUAGCAAACAGUUGUAAAGCAGUUUCAAUUCUAGGCUGCCCUGAUCCCAAAGUUCAUGAGAUUGCAUACCAGUAUGGAAAAAAUGUUGGCAUAGCUUUUCAGCUAAUAGAUGAUGUGCUGGAUUUUACAUCAUGUGCUAACCAUCUGGGGAAACCAACAGCAGCAGAUCUCAAGCUUGGAUUAGCCACAGGCCCUGUCUUGUUUGCUUGUCGACAGUUUCCAGAAAUGAAUGCUAUGAUAAUGAGACGAUUCAGUAAGCCAGGAGAUGUUGAACGUGCUCGGAAGUAUGUGUUGCAGAGUGACGGUGUGCAGCAAACAACCUACCUCGCCCAGCGCUACUGCCAUGAAGCUACAAGAGAGAUCAGUAAACUACGGCCAUCCCCUGAGAGAGAAGCCCUCAUUCAGCUGACGGAAAUGGUACUCAUGCGAGACAAGUGAGAGAACUCCUUCCACUCAUUCUGGCAGCUACUUACCAGACUGUGCCUAAAUUUACUUCAAAAGUUAUUUGCUUCCAACACAGGCUACCAAAAAUUAUUUUUUUAAAAAACUUUUUUUUUUUAAGUUCUACUGUUUUUUAAAAAAUGGAAGUUUAAAGUGUUUUAUUGUGGGAAGCCAUACAAUUCAGAGCAAAUCAAACUGCGCUGUACAAUUGUUUUAGUGGGGACUGUUAAUUGUGGGGGGUGGAGAUGAUGUCUACAUGUUGAUGCACAAAGGCCACAAUCAGAAUAAAUAUAAGUCAGUGUAUGAGAACUGAAGUUGCUCCAAAUUUCACUUGUUCACACUAAUAAACAGAGCUUGCAUGUUACUAUCUGAUAAACUCCUGUGAAGAGAAAUGGUUUGAAUGCUUUCCUGGCUGUUAAACUACAGAGGUACCUGGCAUUGUA